AUGGCACCGGGAUCAAGUAACAAUCAGAACAACAAUGCAAAUCACAACAACAAUCGGCAGACGAAACCGAAAUCGAAAUCUUCGAAGAAAAAUUCGGUCCCCCAGGAAAUGGUUGCUCCUACGAGACGAGAUCUCCAGCAGCAGCUGAAUGUUCUCGUCGACUGGGCGGCCGUUUCCAGUGCGUCGUCGGGGGUGCAAAACAAUUCGCAGCCACAACAGCAGUCGCAGCACUUUAAUCUUCCCUCGACCAGUGGUCUGCAGCAGCACCAGCAGGGACAGAAUAUUCUUCUUAAACCACGCAACAACCGAACACCAGGCGAGGGAACCUGUUACGAAAUCGAUAAUCUCUCACUGCAAGAUAAUAGCCGCUACAUACCGGUGCGACCGAUCGUUAGAAGGAACCUACUGAACGAGGGCGGCAGUGGCGAACAGAGCGAACCGCACAACACCGCCGUCGGAGUAGUAAUUCCAACGACACCGAAUUCUUCACUUCAGCAGACAUUCCGCUUAAACGACGGUGCAACAGCCGCGGUUGGCGGAUCGACGAACAGCAUCAACAAUCUGCUGCACGGUGGCGCGCCGGGCACCAGCGCCACUGGUGUCAUACCGAAGCAGAACCAUCCCGGUGCACUGCAGCAACAGCAGCAGCACGUGCUGAACCCUUUGCUGGUACUUCAACAGCAGGGACAAGUGGGACAACCACGUUCGACCUCGUCACCGCUUAGUUACCGCGUUCCGGAUGGUGCAUCGCAGAAUCAGCUCAAUUUGAACAAAAACUCUAAUCAUCACCAACAGUUGCAUCAGGUGCACGCGGCCGCCGUUCCGUCGACAUCGAGCGGUGCCCGUUACGGUGGUGCCCCCAACGCUUCGUCCGUUAGCCAUUCCGUCGGCCCGGUGUCGGGUGGUACCGUCGAGGACACGCUGAAUCAAAUUCAGGAGUACAUUAAGCUGACGACACAUCUGAUUUCAUCCGUGCAGUUCGAUAACUUGAACGGUGGUCCGAGACCGCAGUCCGUACAGAGCAUCAGCACCAACCAGUCUACCACACCGGUGCCAUCGGCAUCGUGCGACGAGCUGCGGUAUCGUGCGGAACCGGCAUCGAAAAACAUGCAAGCCCUGAAGGAACAGCAGGCCCACCUGCUACGGCUGCAGCAGGCCGCACGGCAACAGCUGCAGGAGAUGGAGGCGAUGCGCCAGAUGCACACCGCUUCGGUUGCGCCACCACUCGAAUCGUUCCAAACGGUGGAGCAGGUACAGGACGGCAUCGGCAGCAUCAUGGAGCGGAUGCGGGUACUGUCCACGUUCAUCGCGAACCAGCAGGAACUGAGCAACAUGCUUGGACCGGACAAUGAGGACGUCAUGUCGGACCAGGCGAUGUUGCAGCAAAAGUUUCAAGAGUUACGCGACAAGAAGAGUCAAAUGCACACGCUAGUGUCGGAACUGCAAACACUAAAUCUGGACGCGAACCGGCAGUUUGACGGGGGCGAGGGUUCGAGCGAAACGCGCAACGUUCCUAUCGAGCUAACGCACACUCCGGCAACGGCGGCCGAUGCACGAAAUGCAACUAAAUUGUUCCUUGCCAACGCUGCCGAAGGAGUAUCGAAGGGCAGCGCCCCGCUUAGUGCAACGGUGACCAAUGGAGCAAUGGCAGUGAAUGGCGGUGGCACUGGACUGACGGACGACGAUGAAGAAGGAGCUCCGCUGAACGAGGAGGAGUCGGCCGUGCUGAACGGGACCGCGGAUAUGUUGAGUGAAAAGAUUAACGAAAUCAACGCGAUGAAGUCGCAGCUGCGCCGUUUGAAAGAUAUGAUGGACACGGUGAAGCUGAUCGAGGCAAAGACGGGCCACGAGUCGAUCGAUGAGGAGGAAGAAGAUGAAGAAGAGGAGGAGGAAGGGGACGAGGACGAGGAAGAGGAGCAGGAGGCGGCUGCGGCUGCCGUUACCGGGUCCUCCGGUUCGUCGCAACGGCGCAGUCGUUCGCGAUCGGUAAGCUCUGCUCCGAUCGCUGCUUUUGCCAACCCACCACCGCUCGUGGGGCCAGGAGAGAGCGAGAUGAGCAACCAGGAGCGCGAGCAGCUCAACAAACGCGUUGAAGCGCUGCAGGCCAUGACGCAGGAUUUGCGCGAGCAAGCGAAAUCGAUCGCCGCCGAACGCGAUCGAUUGAAGAGCGCCCAGACGGAUCUGCAGAAGCGGCGCAACAAUGUCGCUAAUCUGCAGCAACAGGCCGCGGGUCAAACGAGCGAAAAGCUAACCAAUCACGUCGCAUCGUUCGUAUCGCUGCUACCGGCGGGGUCUGCUGCGGCAACGCCAACGGUACCCCAACGACACCAUCAAUCGACGCCCGGGCCGAAGGAACGCCGGCAGAUGGAGCUAAAGGCCGAGCUCGAACAGAAAAAGCGUGAACUGGAGCGUAUCGAAAAGAUGACGCAAAACAUCAAAAAGAACGCUGCUGCUGUGGCCGCCGAAGACGCCCUCGCGUCCGCCUUGGUCACUAACGGUGACGGCGAAACACCGGAGGUCGGACCGUCGACGAGUGGUGUGGUGGCUCAGUCAAAGCGGGGUGGUCCAUCGUCGGUGGUUUCGUCAUCCGUGGAAUCGUGCAGCGGAGCAGGUUCCCACCACCGUGGGACACCGUCUGCCCCGAGCAUACCGCCUCCGCCGGCACCGUCCGCCAUCAGUGGCUCGAUGCAGAACAAUACGGCCGGUAGCAAUGCUACGAACGACUCGAAAACCAACUCGGCCGACUCGGGGGUGACGUCGGACAUUUUCGCUCAUGCGCAGCUGGAAUCGGCCAGCUAUCAGUCGAGCAGUACGCGCAGCUUCCCGCCACCGAUGCCGGACAUUUGCAAUCGGAACGCUAGCACCGACCGGUACCGUCAGGCGAAGCGAGGAGCGGACGUUGACGGAGGUGAGGUCGGUGUGCUGGAUGUGGGCGCCUCGGGUGCCGCCACCUCGUCCGGAGGGGCCGUGCGCGAUCGCACCUCACCGUGGCCGGUGUUUGGCAAUGGCACUGGCGCCGGUGCGGGAUUGUCCAGCUCGAACACGGGUCCCCACAGUCCGCCCUACGGUCACCAUCCGUACGGUGCGAUGCAUCACGAUCUGUCCCAUCACGGAGUAGGCGGCGGUGUGUAUGGCGCAGCGUACGGAAGCAGCUGGAGCACCGGCGGUGGGCCGUUCGGCGGAAUGUCCAACCUGUUGCCACCGCAUGCGGCCACCCCGAACACGCCGCCCGAUCCGAUCGUCUUUCAGCACAUCAUGCAGACGCAGCAGAUGCUCAUGAACUCGAUAACGCAGUGCAACCAGUUGCUAUGGAUACAGCAGCGCGAAAUUCAUAACCUCAACAAUGCCGUGCUGUUGCUUCAAGAGAGGUUGCUUGGCACCAACAACAGUCUGUUGCUCCACGAGCCGCACGGUCCUACGGUGGCCGCGGCUGCUGCACUUAUUCGAGCGGAAUCAACGCCGCCGAGCAACGGCUCGAUACACGUUUCGAACGCUGCCACCGGCGUCGCUGGCAGCCUGUACACUCGGGCACGUUCCGAGCAGCCGACCAUGGCCAUCCACCAGCAGCAACAGCAACAAUCCUCUUCCCCCUUCCACCACCAAUCCCAAGCUCAGUCGGCUUCCCUACCGUCCACCGCCGGUAUGCUUCAGCAGCAACUGCAGCAUUCGAUGCAAUCCUAUCACCCUGGCCAGCAGCAGCCCCAGCAACCGUACAGUCCGCUUGCGAUGCCGCAAACACACGCGAUGCUAUCGCCGCAGUUGCUUACGACCGCAGGACCGAGUUCCAGCGCGGUACUACCGCUGCCGUCCCACUGCUCGGUGAAUCAGCAAAUUCAGCGUAACAAUACUAACAUCUCGCAGAUUGGUCUCCCACCGAGCGGGGCCAGUUCGGGACGGUUUCGCUCGGGUGUGCGCCCGCCGCUAAACAUUAACACGCUUAACAAUGCUCUGUACGACGAGCCACCGAUCGCGAGUGAUGGUGGUAGCAUGAUCAACAAUCUGGCACAACAGACAACGGCGACCAACGGCCCGAUGUUGCCCCCAGCGUCUUCGCCAACGUCAUCGGUUCGCUUCGGAAACCAUUUCAAUAAUCUAAACAACACCAGCAGCGUCCAGAACAAUCUGGCCACCAACGCCAACAAUAUGCAGGCCCCGCCGCAGCAGCAGCAGAAUAACUUGAACCUGUACAAUCAGCAACAGCAGCACGGGCAAGACUCACCGUCGUCGCAAGCGCAACAAACGCAGGCCCUGAACAAUCAAGUCCUGCCGGGAGUGAGGGCCAAUAAUUAUUGGGAUAACUUCCGAAGCUACUCAAGACAAAAUCUUCUCUCGAGCAACAGCUGCAAGAGUAACGAGGAGUCCUGUGCGUACGGAGGGGGAGCUGCUACCGGUGCAGCCGGAACCGGUGCGGCCGGUAGUGGCAGUAGCUCCGGCAGUGGUUGCAAUACGAUCAACAAUCAGCUGCAGCGCAAUAAUAGUAAUGCCACGAACCAGUACAUGAACAACCAGACCAACAAGUAUCAGACGAUCAACAUAACGCGCAACAACUCGCUAAGCAAUGCCAACCAAACGACAAACGCGGCCGGAAUGUGUCAGGAAGUUGGCGCAGGUCCUUCGCAGAUGAUGGGAUAUCAGCAGCAGCAGGAUCAAUCGUUUGAUGGAACGCCAGAGUUGGAUCAUUCAGCGGUCCAACACCAGCAACCACACCAUCAUCACCCGCGGCAGCACCAUGCGGAGACGCAUAUGCAGCACCCUGGCACCCAGCAUUCUUAUCCACCGCAACCGCCACAGCAUCAACACCAUCAGCAACACCGCCAGCAACCGAUGGGAUCAUCGGCACCGGUACAAGAAUCGCCACAAGCGGCAUCGCCGUUCCAACAUCAUCCUCAUCAUCCAUUGCAACCUCCGGUUCAGCAGCAGCCGCGGCAGCAGCAGCGUCACCAUACAGCUGCAACGCAAGCCGGAUCACCAGCCCACACGACACCGCUAAAUCAGUCUCACUCGCUCGACCUGGGAGAGCUGCAGUUCCACACCAACCCGAUCAAUCUGGGGCUAGCCAACAAGACGCACCCGAAGGCGAGUGGUCACAAAAAGUAUCCUCUUUCGCUGCGCUCCUGCCGGGAUGCGAGUGUUGGUGGAGAAAGUAGUGGCGCUUGCUACGUUUCCGGCGGUGGCGACAUGAACCUGGCGUCGGCCUGUACUUAUCAGCACGAUUCAAAAUCCACGUCGAAACUAUUCGAGGCAUUGAAGGAGAACGUGUACCAGGAGGUGAAAAAUCUGAUCACGGCCAACGAAUCGCGGCCACACUUUCUCAUCCAGCUGUUCCGCGAGCUGCAGCUCAUCUCUUCGGAUCCGCUCCGGCAGCGAACACUGCAGUCGAUACAGGAGCUCUACAAUCGGUACAUUGAGUCGACGCUGCAAGAGGAAGCGCACGUGAAUAACGUAGGCAGUAACAAUCUGCUCGCCUCCAGCAGCGGUGGACCGCUGGGUGAUGUUGGUGGACGCGGAGCGACUACUGCCGACAGUGGUGGUGUUCCGCUUGGCGAGUCCACUAGCUCCCCACCACACGAUGCACUGGACGUUGAUCCAUCGGUAGUCGUUGAGCUGGAAGUGGUUCAAAAUUAUACAAACCUACGGCAGCAGCAGCAGCAACAACAGCAGUAUCAUUUUGUCCCCAGCACACCAGACAUCGGUUCCGGAUCGCGCCCAACGGUCGAUCAGUCGGCAAACGGUUGCUCACCUCCGGUGGCCGGUGGUCCGAUGAGCCAGGAGCAACCGUUGGUUGUAGCCGGUCACGCACGACAACAAUCACCACCGCUGGCCGUGCCCAACUCGGAGAUCAUUAACAUCAUUAUGGGCGACAUCGUGGCGGUGAUCAACUCGGUCGAUUACAUCAACGAUUCGGUGCUGUUCAAAAUUGCAGGAGUUAUCUGCAAUCAUGCUACGAGCGGUGGCGGCCAGCAACAGAACGGGGGCAACAGCGCGGCCGAUUACGGACAGCAGCAACAGCAGCAGCAACAUCAUCAUCACCAUCAUCACCAGUAUCACUAUCAUCAUCAUCUUCCGAUGGGUACGGCAGUGCCCCGAUCAGCACCAGCGUCAUCGUCCGCUGCCACUUCCCUCCUGGCGGCGGCCUCGUUCUUGUCCGCGCAAGCAGACGAACCGACCGGUACCGGCCCUGGCCCUACCGUGGGUCGUCUUCCGCCCCCCGGCGAUGUGUUUAACCGGGAGGACUUCCUACGCCAUCUGGAGAGCUGGAAUCGGACCGAUAAGGAUGAGUUCAUAUCGAAUUUGGAAAACUUUUUGAACAACAUUCUGCUUCGAUCAUCUGCGGUGGAGAACGAGGAGGAGGAAGAGGACGAAGAAGAUGCUAUUACCGGUAGCGGUGUGCUCGGCAGUCAGGCAAGGCGUGCGAUCAGUGACGAAGUUCAACCGGAAGCGAUCGGUUCGUCUACUGGCUUCGAAGACCCGUACGGUCCGGAGCAUGGCCAUGUUGCUACUGGCGACGAAGCUACCGGUGGUGCUGGUGGUGCCCACUCGUCAUUCGUACCUCCAGCCGGCGGCCGAUCGUCGGUAGAGUCGGCCGUGGUGGUCAGCAGUUCGAGUUCGGCAAACGCUUACGCUUCCACAACGUACGAUCUGGCGGAAGCUGAUCAGGUUUGCGAUCUGGAUUCUUCCGGUUCGAACUGUGUGCCGGAGAGUGUAGCGGAAGCGACGGCUGCGGCGAUCUCCACCACAUCCGAGCAUCCGAUCGGUCAUGAGAUGGCAUCGUCGAACUUUGUCGAUGAUCGAUGGACGGUGGUGGUGCAGAAGAAAUCGAUCUCGACGACGAAGGACGACGAACCCAGCGGUGGAAGUGGGUCGGUGGGCGGAGGUAGUGAACCGAGGCAACGCACGGCACCACCACCACCGCACCGUGCCACGGCAGGACCAUCGAGCGCCGUGGUGAAUGGCGGUGGAAACAAUGGAAAUAACAUUAACAACAACUGGCAAUCGGAAGAGGUGGCCGAUGAAAAUCUCGAUCAAUCGGAGGAACAACUUCCACCAUCGUUCUACUGAAAACGGGACCCGUGACAGUAUUGCCAUUUUGCCAUCCGUAGUAAGUUCUCGAUUGUACGUACCACUCAUUGGAUGCCGGUCAUUUUCCUGAUUCCCCGAUAUAAGCACUGUUCCAGUUGACAAACAGCGCCUUGCUGUGCAUUUGUGAGUAAAACAUAAAACAAUGUACACCUAUUUAAUACACACCCCAUACAGAGACGAAGGAAACGCGCAUAAUAU